CUGAAGGACAAUGAUGAGGAUGGUCUGAAGUACAUUUUCAAUAUUUUUGGAUUAAAUACAAAAGAUGAGUCAUGACGUAAACGUUAACGCCACUGUGCUUACAGACCACUUCAAAACAGACAUAAAACAUGAACUGCUUUAUGAAAACAUUACACAGCCGCUUUCUGCCGUUCCUUACCACCCAAUUACAUCUUUUAUAGAACAAUACACAAUUCCAGUCAUCUCUCUUCUCGGAUUACUCAGCAACACGUUGUCAUCAAUUGUGUUUCUACAGAAGCCUUUGAAAAAUAGUUCUUGUAGCAUAUUUCUGGCAGCGAGAGGUUUCUCAGACAAUGGAUUCCUGUCAACAUUAUUGAUUAUUUGGAUUUCACAAACGUUUCAACUUCGAUUAGGAACACUUAGUUCUUCAUGCAAAAUAAUCAUUUUCAUAAGUUAUGUAUGUGGUUGUAUCUCUGUGUGGCUGGUUGUGUUUGUAACAUUUGAAAACUAUAUUCGAAUCUGUAAGCCAUUUGUUGUUAAACGUGUUUGUACAACGACUAUGGCAGAAAUUGUUGUUGCUUUGUUGUGUCUUAUUUCGGCAUGCUUCUACAGUUUCUCUUUCUGGGCAAUGAGUUCUGACAAUUGCGUUCCACUUUCACAACAUGUCAACACAGUUCAGGCGCUCAUAUAUACAGACACUGUUAUAACACUCGCCUUGCCUCUCUGUUGUAUUAUUUACCUUAUGGCUGCGAUAGUAUGCAGCCUGAUAAAAUCCUACCACAUUAGUAACCGGCGGAGAACGUCAGGGACACACAAAGCUACGAGUCCUCUUGCGAAAGUGACAAAGAUGCUAUUUGCUGUGACUGUCACCUUCUUUUGUUUGAAUCUACCUUCGCAUAUAAACAGACUCAUCAUUAUGAUAUCUUCUUUUGUGGAUGAAAACAACUAUCGAAAAGGUUAUUCAAUUCAGGAAGAAGCUAUACAACAAAUCACUUUGCUCAUGUCAUAUCUAUCACUCUCAUUAAACCUUAUAGUAUAUGUCAUAUUUGGAAGUAAGUUCAGAAAAGUGCUCUUAAAAAUGUGCCCUUUAUGUGCAACAGUAACAACGAGCAGAAGUGGAGGUCAAAUGCCAGCUUUCCAGCAUGACGACACAAGAAAAAAUAACAUUUUAACAAAUACACCGGUAAAUAGGUCUCUCACCGUGCUUUUGACGGACAAGGACUGGUCUUCAGAGUUAGUGCCUCUGCGCAGUGCAUAUACAAAUUAAUGAAUUAACUGCACAGAUGUCAUUCUGUUACCUUCAUUAACGCAUGAAGAUAAUCGAAAGAAUAUAUUUCAAUUCUAUAUUGUAAUCUUGGAAUGAAAUUAAAUGUAAUUUGUAUCUCCUGUUAUUAGAAGAAUGACAAUUAUAUGUCAUCGGUACUUUUUAUUUAUUUUAUUUUUUUAGAUUUAACGUCGCACCGACACAUGAUAGGUCAUAUGGCGACUUUCCAGCUUUAAUGGUGGAGGAGACCUCAGGUGCCCCAUUAUUUCA